AUGUUGAAAACUCUUCUGAUACUUUCAACAUGUAUUGUGAUUUCAAUGUCCGCAAUCAUCCCACACAAACUUCGAGCACAUCGGUAAGUUAUCAACAACUAUUACAAAAUCAUCAGACUAAUUUUAUUUCUUUACAGAAAUUCCAAUGUUCACAGCAGAAACUGUUUCUUCACUCCGGCUCAAUGUGCAUUGAACAAUUUCCCACAAUCCGAAAAACUUCAACCAGUUCUACAAGUGUUCGAAAACGCUUCAUUGGAUACAAUCUACUCAAACCUCAAAUUCAAUCGACCUUCUUUUUUCGACUACCGGAAGUAG